CUCUCUAAUCCAGUUGGUGUGGCUGCUCAGGCGACUAGGCUUUUCAUCCUCACCGGUUUUGAUGAAGGCGAAUUAGACGGUGGCGACUUUAGAUCGAUAGUUUAUGUGCAACUCCCAUCAGACCUGAAUAGAAGGGAAAAUCCCUCAGAUCCGAAUAGAUCUCUGCAGGCGGCAUCCUCUUUGUUUCCGUGCUUGGUCAAUUUUCAGAUCUAUUUGUAUAGAUUUGCUUUUGGGAAGGAAAGAUGGUGAAACUUACUAUGAUUGCCCGUGUUACUGAUGGGCUGCCUUUAGUGGAGGGCUUGGAUGAUGGGCGUGAUGUACCCAAUGCAGACCUUUACAAACAACAGGUCAAACAGCUGUUCAAGAACCUUUCUCAACGACAAAAUGGAGAUUCUAGAAUGUCAGUUGAAACUGGACCUUACGUAUUCCAUUAUAUAAUUGAAGGACAUGUUUGUUAUCUAACAAUGUGUGACCGUUCUUAUCCCAAGAAACUUGCCUUUCAAUAUCUGGAAGACCUUAGGAAUGAAUUUGAGCGUCUCAAUGGGAGUCAAGUCGAAACAGCUGCUAGACCUUAUGCAUUUAUUAAGUUUGAUACAUUUAUUCAAAAGACAAAGAAACUCUACCAGGACACAAGAACUCAGCGCAACAUCGCAAAGUUGAAUGAUGAGCUUUAUGAAGUUCAUCAAAUAAUGACUCGGAAUGUACAAGAGGUUCUUGGUGUUGGUGAAAAGUUGGACCAGGUUAGCCAGAUGUCCAGCCGCUUAACAUCAGAAUCUCGCAUUUAUGCCGAUAAAGCAAAAGAUUUAAAUCGUCAGGCUUUGAUUCGGAAAUGGGCCCCAGUAGCGGUUGUCCUCGGAGUUGUUUUUCUCCUACUUUGGGUGAGGAAGAAGCUAUGGUGAUGAGCCUCACUUACAGCUAAAGCGCAAAGAUAUCAAGAGUCACUCCAUUGACUAUUCACUCGUCAUUUGGAUCCUUGCAGUUGGGUACCUUAAAAUUAUGUAAGACGUUCUGAAAAUAUUGUUUAUAGGUUGCAACUCAUUACGAGAGACCAGUUUUCCAAGUAUUAGAGACUCAAGAGAUUUUGUCACUCCUUCAUACACAACUUGAAGCAAAAGAAUUGUAUUUAAAUAACAGAAGGAUGCCCAAUCUUGCUACUACCUCAGUCCCUUAUUUCUUUUAUU